CGUCGAGAGAGGGCGGCGCGCGCGCGCAGCUAUAUUAAAAAAGAAUAUCUAGGUCGCGCUCAUGUGAUAGUUCACAUUUCUCUCACUCAUGAGAAAAGUGCACGGUGACCACACCACGUAAAUCCUAACGGUUUUAUCCAAUCUACAGUUUUAGCGCAUGUGCGAUGACAGAAAUCUGAAGUGUUUAAAACAACGGGUUUAUCUAUGUGGGCUACGUGAUAUUAUUGUGGAGUGUUGAAGUUUUGUGUUAAUAAAACGCGGAUAUAUCGUCCGCGGGUGUUUCUUCGAAUCGCUGAAUUGAUUUUUGUGAAUGAGUCAGCUAACGGGCGUCGGGAUUGUUAACUUCGUCAACGUCCUGCCCACGAUCUCGGAAGGCGUGACAAUGCGGGAAAAAAGGGGAGGCGCGAUGAGCAAAAUGCAAAAGCUCAGAAAGCGCCUGUCCCUUAGCUUCGGUAGAUUAUCAACAAAAGACGAGUCGGAGGGUGAGAGCGAGUGCCGCGGUCGGCAGAACGGCGGCGGCGCGCGCGGCAAGCUCGCCUACAACGGCUACUCGGAGGAGUGUCUCGACCGCCUCGAGCCCAACGGGAACAUACCCAACGAUAAGGACUCACACUAUGACUGGAGUGGCGGUGGAAACGGUGAAUAUCGUGUCCGGAGACAGCUGUCCGUAUCGUCAGACUCGAAGUUGUUGGACGAGGGAGCUAGGGAGGACGCGAGGGUCGUCAUGAGGCCGAAGCGACCGCCCAGGCCCAAGUCGGAGGCGUUUCUGGGGCCACACGAGAACUCAAAUAGACGCACGAAGCGAUUUAGUGCCUUUGGGGGUGACUCUCCGUUCGGGAAAUCGGAGGCGUAUAUAAAACUGGAGCAACUCGGCGAAGGGUCGUACGCUACUGUUUAUAAGGGUUAUAGCAAUUUAACGCAACAAGUGGUCGCGCUGAAGGAGAUAAGACUACAGGAGGAGGAAGGUGCGCCGUUCACGGCGAUACGCGAGGCGUCGCUGCUCAAGGAACUGAAACACGCUAACAUCGUGACAUUACACGAUAUCGUGCACACGAGAGAGACGCUCACGUUCGUGUUCGAGUUUGUGGACACGGAUUUAUCACAAUACAUGGAGAGGCAUCCCGGUGGACUCAACCGUCACAAUGUUAGGCUGUUUAUGUAUCAAUUACUUCGAGGCUUGUCUUACUGUCAUCGAAGAAGAGUUUUACACAGGGAUGUGAAACCUCAAAACCUAUUAAUAAGUUCGCACGGAGAACUCAAGUUGGCAGAUUUUGGUCUCGCGAGGGCGAAGUCGGUUCCCAGCCAUACGUACUCGCACGAAGUUGUCACGUUAUGGUACAGGCCACCAGAUGUAUUACUGGGCAGCACGGAGUACUCGACGUCGCUGGACAUGUGGGGUGUGGGCUGCAUCUUCGUGGAGAUGCUCUGCGGUGUGCCCACCUUCCCUGGAGUCAGGGACACCAACGACCAGCUCGAUAAAAUAUUUAAGGUGCUGGGCACGCCGACGGAGGAGAGCUGGGCGGGCGUGUCGCGGCUGCCGGGGCUGCGCGCGCACACGGCGCGCUGGGGCUGGUGCGCCGCGCGGCCGCUGGGCGCCGCCUUCCCGCGCGUGCGCGACGCGGGCCGCGACGCGCAGCGCCUCGCCGCCGGGCUGCUGCAGCCCGACCCCGCGCGCCGCCUGCCCGCGCCGCGCGCCAUGCGCCACGACUACUUCGCCGCGCUGCCGCCGCGCCUCGCCGACCUGCCGGACGAGGUAUCAAUAUUCACAGUGGAGGGCGUGUGCCUACACCCCGAGGAGUGAGCCCACCGAUGCGGACCUUUAGUUGAAUCUUUGUUCCUUGAUAUCGUCGACAUGCGAAAAGCGACACGUUCAUUAGUUAGUACGUUUCAAUUCCUAUAGUCUAAUGGUCGGAAAUCUGGUUGGAUUGUUUCGGUGGACCAACAUUUCGUGAUAUACCCCCCUACGUGUGGACGGCGUACAAUGCUGACGGCGUUGAGGCCACAUAGUCUAUGGUGCUGCGAUAUAUUUAUUGGAUUGUUCAGUUGUAUCUUUUUUUUUUUUUGUAUUCGGAUUUUUUAUGUCACAAAAUGUGUGGAUUUUGUAUUUGCGUUGGUCUAUUAACGGUGAUAGUGUGAGACAGAGAUGGAGAUAUAAUCGCAUUCGCCAUCUUUCUCUCGCAACGCAAAACAAAAAUGGUUACAAUAUGUUUUCAUGCUUUAUUUCGAUAAAAUUUAUUAUUUUUUAUUCCAUAAAAUUGGUAUAAUUUGAAUAGUUUAAGAUAUAUCGCGGUAUUGUUAUUUUGUCCCGUCGUUCGUCCGCCGCCAGUCGCGCUUGUUAAGCUUCUAAUAUCCAUCCAUAUGAUUCAAUUAUUCUAUGGUGACAAGGUAAUCGUUAGGUGUCGAGUGUAUUAUAUAAACAGAGCAGUGUGCCAUGUAUUGUAUUGUAUUGUAUCUAUAACUGAGAGCGACGAUUUAUUUUAAAAGAAUUUUUAUGCUGGAUAAUAUAUUACGCUCAUAAUUUUUGGGAGAAAUUUUGAAGAUGUUUAUCUAUAUCUAAUAAGCAAUUGUAAGUGAUGAUACGCAGUCUUAUGAGAGAUAGAUCCGCUUUGAGCACUCACGAAUAAAUUGUAGGCAAAAUUAUUUUUCGUCUCUUUCGUAAAUUCUUUAUGAAUUGCACAUUCCUUCCAAAGUGCUCAAUAGUUUGUUUAAGAAUAUCUCUACAUUAUGCCUAUCGGAUGUAGGUUCCAUCGAGGUUUUUAAAUUACAAAAAAUACUAUAUUAUGAACUAUUAAACUAAUAUUUUUUUAUAAUUUACAUAACUGUGCGAAACGAAAAACUAUUUUUUAUUACGAAAUUAUUAUCAAAAAUAUUUUUUUCUUUUAUUCAAAACAUCGGUAGGCGUAAUGCAGAUAUAUAAGCCAGGGUGCACUAUUUUAUUAACCGUCGUUUAAAUUGCCUUUCUUUCGGAAUAUCGAGCGAUGGACUACUUCCAGUGAUACCGUGUGAAUUGAACGUCAACCGAAAUCUAUUAAGCGUUUGUCACGUCGAUUAAAUUUAACCAGAGAUUAAAGUUAUUUAAACUAAUAAAAAAUAAACAUUCUCUGCGAAUUGAGAACGUCGAUUUAAAAUAGCAUUUAACCAUGAAUUAUAAAAAAAUAAAUGUGUCGUUUAAACCUUAGUUUAAUCUCGGGUUAAACCUAAUCGGUGUGUCAUUAGUAUCGCGUCAGAUCUCAGAUUUAAGUGCGGGACCGUCCUGUAUUGAUAGGGAUAUUAAACAAUUACUAAAUCGAGGGUUAGGUUAUAUAUUGAGAGUGCCGUCGCAUGACUAGGAAAAUUUACCUGUUUAGUGAAUUUAGGUCCCCCACGAUAAGGUUAGAACAUUUAGCCGUCGGCGCGAUCACAACUUCAGUGUAUGUGUGAAUAAAGAGAUUAAUCGCAUUUUUUAUGUUCAGUCGGCAUUUAGAAAAAAUAAUGUUUAUAAAAUACAUGAUUUUAUUUUCUAUUCGAGUAUUUGUUUGGAAUAAAUGCGAAAGACAAUAUCGAAGAGAUUAUGUUGGUUAAUAGCAACGGAGAAUGUAAAGAACAUGAAUGCACUUUUAUUUCAUGUAUUCAUACGAUUUCUAGUGUAUUUCUCGUAAAUAGAUUGCACUGGAAAACUUUACAAGGUCAUUUUACUAAGCUGUUUAUAUCUAAGGGUUUUAAUAUGCAAUUUAUCAAUUGUGUUUUUUUUAUCAAUAUCGAACAAUAGAGUGAGCUCUCUUUUUCCAUUAUUACGCUAGACAUUGAAUUAAAAAAAAGAUUGUCAUGGUGUAGCUCGAAAACACAAUAAAGCACUUCAUGUGAGAAUUUUAUGAAUUAUGUCAGUAUUUUUUUUUCCAAAAAGCUGGCUUUGGAAGCAUAACGUUGCUUCGAAUAUACAAAUACAGUUUUCGUUAAUUUCGAAACGAAUCGAACUAAUUAUUGCAAUAGCAUUCAGAAUACUCUAGAUUCUUUAUAUUUAUUUUACAAUGGAUUGAGUAUAAGUAAAUAGUAAAAGAAAACAUUUGAGUUGUGAUUGCGCAGGUUUAGGAAAGUAUACGUAGUGUAGCGUAGUAACGAGCUUUAGAGACGUUAACUUCGAGCGGGGAGGGGGGCGGGACCGGGCGGAACUAAUGCUGCUUAGCAGUCGAAUUUUGACAUUUUAACUAAAAUAUUUAGAUAAUAUAGAUUAAAUCUCUAAACAAAAUUAAAAAAAAAAAAAUCGUUCAUCUUCAUUUUUCACAUAUACCAUUAUUUUGUUUCUUCAUGCAAUACGCAUUUAAAUAUAGCAUUAGUAGUUUGAUUAGAGAUUAUAGCGAAGUUAGAAGGCUAGACGGUUUUAGCGACGAAAUUAAUUUACGAUAAGUGCCUAUAAAACGUUUUAACGAAUGUAAUUCCAAUCGGACUCGCGCGUGCCGCUCCCCGGAACAUAGGAAAAGUUAAUUAUAAAUUCGGUUCCAAACACCAAUUAGUGUGUAAUGAUAUUGUAUAGAGACGCAAUACUUGUAAUGUACAUGACUUGUUGAUUUAUGUGUAUUUGUAUAAUUUAGUGGAGUCACCCGUUGAGUGAGGCACGGACGCACACGCGUUGUAUAAUAUGUGUAUAUUAUUUGAGAUUUAUGAAUGGUUUACGGUGUGCUCGCACGCGUUUCAACUGUCUGUAACGCCCUUAUACUCUUACACGCUUCAUAGAAUUUCAUGAGACUUUUUUAUGAAAUAUUUCGCUUGUUAAGAUCUAGUCCAGACAAACGAAAUGAAAGUUUUAUGCGGCGCUUUGUGAAUAACCUAAAUCCGUGUGUCAAGGGAACACCGGCUAGAACACACGACCUUGUAGUCACGAAAGAGUUAAGGAUUCACGUUUCUAUUUUAUUUACGAGCCCAAUGUUCAAUUGAAAUAACGAUCCUUCAAAGAAUUUGUUCUGCCUUUUCGGUAUUCCUGUCAAGGGAGACUUAUAUCUUAUUAUAAUUGAUUACCAAAUCUCAAAAGGAUAUUCCAUAAUUUACUAACUGACUUUACCGUUAAAUGAUGAAUUUAAAGUCUCGAUUUACGUGAUUUAUUAUAUCAAAACAAACAUUAUAUUAUAUGAAAUAAGGUUGAAACUCGUGUGAACACACCAAUGUGACGUGUAAAACACUAUAACUGCAUUUGUAUAAUGAAGAACUGAUCUUGUAUGGACUAAUUAGUGUCGAAUGUGCGAUUUGUAAAUAGUUGACUUUAGUUAUUUCAUAAUUGUAUUUAGUUGCGAUCCUGUAAUGUUGCCAUUGCCUUUAUGUAUCUUUAGUCUCUCGAUUUUUAAGUUUAUUUUUUUCUUUUUAAAUACGAUUAUUGUCCGUCUGUGAAACUAGGUUUUGGUUAAGGACAUAAUGGAGUUUUAAGGAAGGGUAUGUUCAUACUUAAUGGAUUGAUAGAAGCUACAUAAAGACAACUCUUGCUUUCUUAAUGAAUUGUAUUAGUGAGAAACUCUGAUUAGUUAAAUGGUAUGACACGUGUCAAUAAAGAAUAGAAUUAAAUUGGCUGCAUAUUAUGAACUUUUUCAAGUGAGACAACAUGCGAUAAAACGCUAUUGUGCAUACGAGAUAGCAAGCGUUUGGGUGCAUUUUUAAUUCUAUUCAUUACUGGCACAGAUAGUUAUUUAUAUUUAAGAUGAACUUACCCUUUUUAUUUUUAACAUUAAAGCCGCGUCAAUAUGAGAUUGUUUUAUUAUUUUAAUGCUGUAGGGUAUCCGAUUUUAUUAACUUGAUUUUUAUAAUGUAUCAUGAUUUUUGCCCCAGAUUUAUUUUAUUAUUCAUGUGUAUACAACGUGCUUCUAAUGGUUUGAAAGAUUGUACAUACGAUAUUUGAACUGAUAAUAAUAAAAUUUUUAUUUCAUAAUGA